AUGUUUUACUCCUCCUCCCUUGCGCGCCCGCAGGCAUACAGAACCACACGCUAUACAUAUAUGCGCGAAUUGCCGUGCAGGCGGAUACUCAUGUCGCGAUCGGUGCUGGUAGUUCUGUGCGAAUUCCGGCUGCAGGAAAAAAAACGCAAUGGGAGAAGUAGUGCGCCGUGGCUCGGCGCCUUUGCCUGCGGGGCGCCGCGAGUGAGGGUGGCGGCGCCCCUCGCCAAGGCCCGCCGCGGCGCUGUUGCUGGUUUUCUCGCCGGGGGCCUCGCCGGCGCGGCGCGGCUUAUGCACGCCGUUCUCCCCAGCCGCGCCGCCCGCCCCGUUCUUCCCCGCCAGGGCGGGGCACACCGACACGCCGGCCGGAAAGCGGCGGCCCCCCGCGGCCGUCCUCCGCCUGAAAAGCCGCCUGUUUGCGGCAUUUGUUUCCCUGUUUCCUUGUUCGGUUCGCCCGCGGCCGGCGGGGGUGGGGCGGCCCGCCUCCUCGAGUGGGGAAUCGGCCGCUAG